CAUUCGUGAGUGGACAUUCUCAUGCAUGCUUUUUGCAAGCUCGGACAUUGACAUCGUCUGUAUCACUAGGCUAUACACCGUGCGGAUAUGGAAACCAUGGCAGACAGCCGCCCUUCAGCGUUCCUCAAGUUCCUCCGCGUCGCAGUCACCGUCAUCGUCAUUCUAGGCUACGGCGCAGUGAUCACACUCUGCUACGAGAUCGUCCGCUUCCAUGAAUACACCGACCUCCUCGCCGCGAGGUGGGUGACGUACUUACCGCUGGGCGCGGCGACGUGCAUCGACGCGAUCUUCGCGUCCGCUCUCUGUUAUCUCCUGCGGCGCUGCCGCACAGGCCAUUCCAAGAUGGACUCGACGAUCUCGGUGUUGAUGUUGUUCACGGUGAACACUGGGAUCGUCACGAGCCUGUGCUCGUUGACGGCGAUGGCGAUGAUGGCGGCGCUCCCGGAUACGUUCGCGGUGCUGAGCGUCGAGUUCAUGGUCACGAAGCUCUACGUCAAUUCGUUCAUGGCCAUGUUCAAUGCGCGCAAUAGCCUGCGGAAUAACGGGUUCACGAGCGAACGCGGCGCCGACCUGCACCUCCGCCCGAUCAGCGGCUGUUGGCCGUCCACGCAAAGCGGGCAAAAGUGGGCGGCCUCGCCAACGACGGGUCUCCCGACAGAGAUAAGGUGUACCGGGAUGGCGUAUUGAGUGCUGCCGCCAAGUGGAAUCCGCUUUUGUCCCCUCACAUUGUUAGAGGAUGAAUGAUCUUAUUCGCUCCUUUGCUCGUGUUAUUGUG